AGAUUCUUAUCAGCGCGUACCAAACUAAUUGACUUCAUUGAUGUAGAACUAUAUCAAGUACUACAACAUCUUCAAUUCUCUGACUUGGCAAUUUCCACCUUUACUCAACCGGGCUUUAAACAUAAAAAAAAAAUUAUGUGGUCUUAAACGGGUGGGAGGGGAGGCCUAAUCUAUUUGGAUGUUCAUCAGCGACUUGCCUGAGUUUUGUUUAAGUGCUUGAGGCGAUAUCAGUAGAACCGCCUGCAGACUUUGCAGCAACGCAACUAAAAAUGCCGCCUGGCAGAAGCAGGACUCCCCGUAGAUUGCUUUCUUUGAACGAAAAAAGUGAAGUUAUCCAGGUUCAGGAGAAGGAGAAGCUGUCCGUUCGGGAUCUUGCCAGAAGAUUUAAUAUAGGAAAAACACAAGCAGCUGGAAUUUUGAAGAACAAAGGGCAAAUCGAUACUAAAUUGAAAUCAGGAGUCAAUGGCCAUCAGAAGAAGAACUGUCUGAGCCAGCAGGGCUCCCACAUUGAUGAUUUGUGCUUCAGCUGGUUCACCAGGGCCAGAAGCGAGAACAUUCGUUUGUCUGGACAGGUGGUGAGGACAAAGGCGCGAGAAAUAGCCCAGCAUCUGGGAUACACUGGCUUCUCGGCCUCAGACGGUUGGCUGCAGAAGUGGCGCAAACGACACAACAUAACCUUCCACCCAAAACGCGAAACAUUGGACGUGCAGCAGUUUGAGGCCAUCCUGGUGAAAUGCGAGCCCAUAAUGGAUGAUGAGGAGGAUACUGUGAUUUGUAAUGCGCAUGCUGGAGUCAUUGCCUCCCCAUUAGAGGCACCUGAAUUUAUUCACAAUCCGAUAACAACCUUUGACGAGGCAAUGACGCAGAUAGCUCGCUUGAAGGAGUUUGCCAAAGACGAUUAUGUAUCAUAUCAACAGCUAAGCAGCUUGGAGAACCAGUGGAAUUGGAAGAGGAAUAUUUUUAAAACGGAACACAUCCCUUAACCAAAAUGAACUGAUUAUUCUGAUACCAUUAGUAUUCAUGCAUCUACGAUUGCCUAUGUUAGCGUACUAUUUUGCUUACUUUAUUAAUUAAACCGAACUGACUCAGUGAUUGUGUUACAUUUGUAAAAACACGUAAACUUGUUUUAAACAAUCUGUCUGUAUCCACAACAUAGGAUCUUCAUAAAAGGGGAUAAAGAAAAAUAGAAGGCACUUCUACAUCGAGCGUACGGAAAGAUUAUGCUAACAGGUUGUUUAUUGCUUUCAAAUAUCCAAUUUACAAAAAAAAAUUUGUCGAAUCGGCGUUCGCUACUCUACCCCUAUUUGUAGUCUAUAGCUUAUAUAAAAAUAAAUGUGUUAUAUUCUUA